UCAGAGCCUCAGCUCUGUAGUUAAUUUUGCGGUGCGGCUUGUUUCCCUCCGUGCCGCCAUUAAAGGCUUUCUGCCUGGUAUUUUUUCCUCCUUUACUCCGAGAAAAGGAUUAAAAUGAUUUAAGGCUGGGAAUAUUAGCCGUGGGAGGGGACUGGGAGGGGGGUUCUUUUUUAUUUAUUUUUUUACCACACUGUGGUGUGACUCGCGGUACCCCAAAAGGAGUAAAUAUGCGGCUAGUAGCGUCCAAGAAGUAGGAGGAAACCGAGUUUGGACCGGAGUGAGGUUCUCCGAUUACGGAGGGACCUCCAGUUGCUUUGGCUGCAGCGGGGGACUGAGCAGUGUAAACACUAAGGAGCAAAGGUCGCUGGUUGCUGUGUGAUCUUCUUUGGAGGGGAUCUGCCGAGCUGACAGCCCCUCUGAACGGCAGGCAGCCUCCUUCAUUGGCUCUGCGACGAUGACUGAGCUGGUUGCCAAGUGGGUCUGUGAAUACUGCACAUACGAGAACUGGCCGUCAGCCAUCAAGUGCACCAUGUGCCGCGCUCAGAGGCCCAGCGGGGGUGCCAUCAUUACUGAGGAACCCUUUAAGAGCAGCCCUGCCCUGGAUGCCAGUCUGCAUCAGUGGGACCCUGCAAGCCUAAGCAACAGUCCAUCUCAAGGGGGAUCCAGCUUACUCAUUUGUCCAGACUCCAGCGCCCGACCUCGUGUUCGGAUUGCACAUGUGCCAGAGACGACCAGCAAGUGGUCGUGUCACAUGUGCACCUAUUUGAACUGGCCCCGCGCCAUCCGUUGCACGCAGUGUUUGUGUCAGAGACAGCAUUCUCAACAGCAGAAGCAAGAAACCCAUCAAGGACAUCAAACCCAGCAGCCACGCAGCCCAACAGAAUCUCCACAGACCUCAUGCUCUGGAUGUCGCCCUUCUCCCCCCACCAACACUAUAGAUCCCUGUGAGGAGUAUAAUGACCGGAAUAGACUCAACACUCAUUCACAGCGUUGGACCUGCUCCGCCUGCACUUAUGAGAACUGGGCCAAAGCGCUCAAAUGUGUUGUAUGUGAUCACCCCAGGCCAAAUAGUCUGCUAGCUGAACCCAUCGAACUCGCUUCGGCGCCUGAGAGCCAACAGCUAACCUCCAAACGUAAUGAGCAGGAUGGCGACAACAGGAGGGGUGUUGUCGGGCAUGUGGUUGGACAGGGAGUGGGGGGCAUGGUAGGUGUCGUAGGGGGCUGUAGCAGCAGCCAGAGAAGGUCACCCCCAACAACAAAACGGGAGUCGGAGGUGAAUAUGGACUUUCAAAGGAUUGAACUAGAAUCUGGUGCUGGAAUUGACAUCAAAGAGGAUCUUGAGGUGGAUUUCAAAAAACUGAAACAGAUUAAAAACAGAAUGAGAAGAACGGACUGGCUCUUCCUCAAUGCAUGUGUUGGUGUGGUAGAAGGUGACCUGGGAGCCGUUGAAGCUUACAAGUCAUCUGGAGGUGACAUCGCAAGGCAACUGACAUCCGAUGAGGUGCGACUGUUAAAUCGUCCCUCGGCGUUUGAUGACGGCUUCACUUUGGUUCACUUAGCAAUCCGCUUCCAAAGACAGGACAUGCUGGCGGUGUUGCUCACAGAGGUGUCCCAGCAGGCGGCCAAGUGUAUCCCAGCCAUGGUGUGUCCUGAGCUGACCGAGCAGAUCCGCCGCGAGGUGGCCGCCUCUCUUCACCAGCGCAAAGGAGACUUCACUUGCUAUUUCCUCACAGACCUGGUCACCUUCACUCUGCCUGCUGACAUCGAGGAUCUGCCCCCAGCAGUUCAGGAAAAGCUGUUUGAUGAGGUGCUGGACCGAGAUGUCCAAAAAGAGCUUGAGGAAGAGUCUCCCAUCAUCAACUGGUCCCUGGAGCUCGGGACGAGGUUGGACAGUCGACUGUACGCUCUUUGGAACCGCACAGCUGGCGACUGCCUCCUCGACUCGGUGCUGCAGGCGACAUGGGGCAUCUAUGACAAGGACUCGGUGCUUCGCAAGACCCUCCAUGACAGUUUACACGACUGCUCCCACUGGUUCUACACUCGCUGGAAGGAGUGGGAGUCCUGGUACUCCCAGAGCUUCGGCUUGCACUUCUCCCUUCGAGAGGAGCAGUGGCAGAAGGACUGGGCUUUCAUCCUUUCCCUCGCCAGCCAGCCAGGGUCCAGCUUGGAGCAGACCCACAUUUUUGUCCUUGCACACAUACUUCGAAGGCCCAUAAUCGUCUACGGAGUGAAGUAUUACAAAAGUUUCCGUGGCGAAACACUGGGGUACACUCGUUUUCAAGGGGUGUACUUGCCUCUUCUGUGGGAGCAGAGUUUCUGCUGGAAGAGCCCCAUCGCUCUGGGCUACACCCGGGGUCACUUCUCAGCGCUGGUUGCUAUGGAGAACGACGGCUUUGACAAUCGCGGCGCGGGCGCCAACCUCAACACGGACGAUGACAUCACCGUCACAUUCCUGCCGCUGGUCGAUAGCGAGAGGAAGCUGCUUCACAUUCAUUUCCUCACGGCGCAGGAAAUGGGUAAUGAGGAGCAGCAGGAGAAGCUCCUGCGGGAGUGGCUGGACUGCUGCGUGACAGAGGGCGGAGUUCUAGUGGCCCUUCAGAAGAGCUCCCGCCGCCGCAACCACCCGCUCGUCACCCAGAUGGUGGAGAAGUGGCUGGACGGCUAUCGGCAGAUCCGGCCCUGUGCCUCUCUGUCCGACGGUGAAGAGGAGGAAGACGACGACGACGAGUGAAGCAGCUAGAAAGGAUGGAGGAAGCCCUCCAUCAGACUCAGAUUUUUGUUUUUUUGUUUUUCUGACACGGACAAACUGUGAACACCUCCAGCAGGGAAGAGAACCACCAGAUCCAAACCUAGUGUUUUUUGGCUCCGCCGUACAUUUGCAGAGGCAGCAGCAGCAGCAGCACUAUUUUGAGCAUCCUGACAACUGAAGAGAGAAUAAUGGUUUAGGAAGGCAAACAGCCCUUUGAUUCAUCCGACGUUUCCAUCGUGGAAAUCAUCUGCACACAUAAAUGCAUGUGGUUCUGAAAGGAGUUCAAGGAAAUAUACCAGCAUCGAUUCAAAUGAACUUUCUACCCAGAAUUCAGUGGGACACUGACUAAAGCACACUUCCAAACCGAUCUCUUUGGAAGUUUUUUUUCAGGAUUUAGUUUUUUUUUGUUUUUGUUUUGAACAGGCAGGGACGAAGCCAAUAUACACCUUCGGAAAACCAGAUUGUGUAAUAAUAUACAUUUUCCUUAUUCCUAAUUACCGAGCACUGCACAUUUACUACAACAUUUCUCUAUAAACGGUGUAACUGCAGACAUUUAGAACAUAUAUUAAGCUCUUUAAAAGGGAGAUUUUUACCCUUCACAAGUCAAAGCUACGUUCUUUCAUUUUUAUUUAGCACACUAACAUUCAUUUUUUGUUGACUUGUUGGGGUUGAUUGAGAAGUGUGUGUGUGUUUAUCUGAAUUUAUUCUAUAUAUUUAUUGUUUGAAAAGCGAUUUGAGCUAAUUCUAGUGUUCUGUAUAUUUUUCUCCUUUUUUUGUGGUUUUGUUAAUUCUCUCAAAUCUGGAUGGAGACAUGUUGCACAGAAGCACUCGUGCUUUGAGGAAAGAACCAAUCAUGCUUAUCUUUGGGACAUUGACUUGUAUCGUUGCAUGGGAUUUAGUACCUCAUCCGGAUGCCUGAAAUCUGGUGCUUUUAUUUUUUUGGGACGAGGACAAACGCAGGUUUGGCACAAUUCUUGGCAGCAUAGUUGAUCAUUUUGGAUCAGUGUCUCCUUUUCUCUUCGUUCCACAUUGCCAUGCUCACCAUCACGCUGCACGGAAAGAUUUGUUGUCAACCAUGUUUUUGAAUGAAGAUGAGAGAUUUUCAACAUAAAACCAAAGCUGACAAAAGUAAAAAAAAGGUUGAUCUUUUAUUAAAUUGUUUUUUUUUUUUUUUACUGUUUUGCUGUGAGCGUUUUUGUUGCAUUUUUUUCCUUGUUGCAUCCUGUAAUGUAUUGUUUGGUGUUUCCUUCACGUUUGAAGCUUCAUCUAUACGUCGCUUUGUAUUUAUGCAAUAGUUGAAGUUGUGACCAUGAAGGUUAGUGGAUUUAAUCCUGAGUUUGCGAAUCUUACUGUGAUGCAAAGAGCAGACAGAAAUAAAAAAUAAUAUACGCUA